UGCUCCCACAACAACCACAGCUGCUCCCACAACAACCACAGCUGCUCCAACAACAACCACAGCUAAUCCCACAACAACGACAGCUACUUACACAACAUCCUCAGGUGUUCCAACAGCAACAACAGCUGCUCCAUCAAAAACCACAGAUUCUCCCACAACAACCACAGAUGCACCCACAACAACCAUAGCAUUUCCAACAUCAACGCCAGCUGCUCCCAUAACAACCACAGCUGCUCUUACAACAACCACAGCAACUUUCACAACAAUCACAGCUGCUCAAACAACAACCACAACUGCUCCAACAACAACCACAGCUAUUCCCACAACAAACACAGCGGCUCCCAUAACAACCACAGCUGUUCCCACAAAAACCACAGCUGCUACGACAACAACCCCAGAUGUUCCAACAACAACCACAUCUGCUCCAACAACAACCACAGCUUCUCCCACAACAACCAUACAAGUUCCAACGACAACUACAAUUGGGGCUACAACAGCCACAGAUGCUCCCACAACAACCACAACUGCUCCCACAUCAACCACACCUUCUCCAACAACAGCCACAACUGCUCGCACAACAACCACAUCCUUCCCCACAACACCCACAUCUGCUCCCACAACAACCACAGCAGCUCCAAAGACAACUACAACUGAGGCUACAGCAACCACAGACACUCCAACAACAACCACAGCUGCUCCCACAAAAACCACAGCUGCUCCAUCAACAACCACAGCUAAUCCCACAACAACGACAGCUAUUUACACAACAUCCUCAGAUGUUCCCACAUUAACCACAGCUGCUUCAACAGCAACCACAAGAUCUUCCACAACAACUACAGCUGCUCUGCCAACAACCACAUAUGCUCCCACAUCAACCACUUCUGCUCCCACAACAACCACAGCUGCUCCCACAGCAACAGCAUAUGCUCCCACAUCAACCACUUCUGCUCCCACAACAACCACAGUUGCUCCAGCAACAACAACAUUUGCUCCCACAACAACCACCUCUGCUCCCACAACAACCACAGCUGCUCCAGCAACAACCACAGCUGCUCAAGCAACAACAACAUCUGCUGCCACAACAACCAUUUCUGCUCCCACAACAACCACAGCUGCUCCAGCAACAACCACAGCUGCUCAAGCAACAACAACAUAUGCUCCCACAACAACCACUUCUGCUCCCACAACAACCACAGCUGCUCCAGCAAUAACCUCAGCUGCUCAAGCAACAACAACAUAUGCUGCCACAACAACCACUUCUGCUCCAACAACAACCACAGCUGCUCCCAAAACCACCACAGCUGCUGCCACAACAACCACAGUUGCUCCAAGAACAACAACAGCUGCUCUUACCACAGUUACAACUGGUUCUUCAACCACUAUCACAACACCGGCCCCUCCACCACCAGAGGUGAAGUUGGAGUUCAAAUUGGAGCAAAACUUCACAGCAGAUUUGAAUAAUGUUUCUUCACCAGAGUUCAAAGAAUUAGCAAAUACUGUGUCUACAGCGCUGGACACAGUUUAUCGAAACAAAUAUGGAUCCAGUUUUAAUCGCACAGAGGUUCUAGGUUUCAGUCAAGGUUCGGUUGUGGUAGAUGCUAAGCUGAUAUUUAACAAUGCCAGCUCAGUCCCUGAGUCCAGUGCAGUGGUUGCAACCUUGAUAGAGAUUGUCUCAAGCAACAGCUCUUAUAUCUCUCUCCCACUGAACACAACUUCUAUCGUGGCAACAAGAGUCGUUUCAACCUCAGCUACAACUACUACUUCUACUCCAGAUCCUCCAAUAUCAACACCAUAUACGGUCAUGAAAGCAACUUCAGCCCCCUCAAACAGGUCAACUACAAACAUGGUUGUCAAUGCAACAUCGGAUCCUGUGAACAUGUCAACAACACACAUAGUUCCCAAUGGAACAUCAGCGCCCAUAAAUGUGUUAACAUCAGCCCAAAGUGCUGUCAAUGUCACAUCAGGACCUGUAACACAAAGCAAUACAACUUCAACACUAUCAACUACAACCCCAUUGUUGUCAACUACCCCGAUAGUCAACACAACAGCUCCUUCAACUACACCCAUAGUCAACACAACAGCAACUCCAAAUACCCCAGUAGUCAACACAACAGCUCCUCCAACUACCCCAGUAGUCAGUGCAACAACAUCUCCAACUACCAAUUUGACCGAAGUACUAACUACCCCAUUACCAACUACGCCGGUAGCAACUACCCCAGUACCAACUAUCCAAGUGCCAACUACAACGGCAUCCCAUGCAACAGAGGCGCCACUGACCAGCCCACAACUGUCACUGCAGUUCAGCCUGAUAUCUAUCUUCACUAUCUCUCUGAGCAACAGCAGGUCACCAGAGUUCCUGGCUUUGGCAAAUCAUGUGACUACACAGCUGGAUAAUUUGUUCAAGGCUCAAUUUGGAGCCAGAUUCUUUCGAACUGUUGUCAAUAGUUUCAGGUCAGGGUCAAUUGUGGUGGAUUCUACGUUGAUAUUCAACAACAUCAGCUCAGCGCCUAACGAUAGCCUGGUAGCACAAACGUUACAAACUGCCAUUACUUCCAACACGUCUGGCCUGACCUUACCUAUCAAUUCAUCCUCCAUUGUGGUCACACGCGCUACUACAAUGACUAAUGCAACCACCUCAGCUGCAACAACUGCUGCUCCAACUGUAGAUGUCACUACGACCUCUCCGGCAGUGGCCAAAACCACCACCACUGCUGUUCCGGCAGCAACCACCACCACCGCUGUUCCGGUAGCAACCACCACCACCGCUGUUCCGGCAGCAACCACCACCACCACUGGUCCGGCAGCAGCCACCAUCACUGCUUUCGCACCAACUGACCCUCCUUCUUCUAGUGAAGGAACCCUGAUUCUUCGGUUCAGUCUCAAUGAGAUAUUCACCUCGGAUCUUGCCAACCCGUCCUCUUCAGCAUUCAAGGCUCUGGCUGGCAAAGUGGUCUCAGAGGUGAACAAGAUUUUUUCUAGAACCCCAAGCUUCCUUCGUUCCAUUGUCAACUCAUUCAAGAGUGGAUCUGUAGUUACCAACAUGACCCUCGUGUUCAGUAACAAAUCUUCGGUUCCCAGCGCAUGCAGCUCACAGGCAACUUUCACCAUCAGUUCCACCUCCCUGAACAUCCUACCGGGCAGCGUCAAUGUUGAGUCAUCAGUCAAUUCAGGAAGUGCUCCCCGACCCACUGCCUUCUGUCUGGCUUUCUUGCCUCUCACUUUGGCACUGCUAAUGGUACAGUUGCUGGCUAACUAACAGCCUGUGUCAUAGCUCCUAUGGCAUCUUUUUCACCAAUGAACGGUUUUCCAGCUCUCAUAGAGACAGCCUUAUGAUUAAGGACCUGCUUUGGCAGAAGAAUGCACAAUGGAUUGUGCCUGUGUCAAUUGGCAAAAUAUAUAUGUAUUUCAUGUACAUUCCCCCAAGUACAUACACAAACAAAACACACCUAAUUGUACAUUUUGAUGUCAAGUAGGAUAUUUGUGACAUUCCUUAAGAAAUCAUAUAGUUUUUUUUUCUGCUUAUGAAUAUUAAAUGCAUAUACCUUUUCUUUCAAGUGACUGUAUUUAUACUUAACCAUAUAGGCUCUCAAAGACAUGACUUAUUUAUUUGCAUCUUGCACACAGCAGCUUCCACAUGUUUUAUCUGUUAGAUUAAUACGGAAAAUAACUGAAAGAUUAGAAAACCUUUCCUACAACAUGUGACAUCUAAAUCCUAUUGUAUACUUUUUUUUAUUGUGUUAUUUGAUCAUAGUUGCAUUUUUAAUUAUUAACUUAUUGUAACUACUUUAUAUCAUAUAUAUAACUACUUUAUAUAUAAUUCACCAAGACCAAAAACCAAAUACCUUUAUGAUAAUUAUAUUUUGGGUCAUGUAAUUGGGUUGAAAAAAGCUUAUUUUUCUCAAAUGCUGUGCACAAAUUUGUUUUCAUCUCUGUUAGUGAGAAUUUAUCCUUUGCCAAGAUAAUCCACCCCCCAUAAUAGUUGUGGCAUAUGAACACUUCACAUGUUGCAUUUAUACGUUUGUUCAGUAUUUCUGUAAAUCUAUCUAUUUAUAUUUCUAUAUGUCAUUGAAAUAA